UAAGCCCUGCCAUUUGCUGUCAGAGAAGUAGGAGAUCACUGGGAGGAGAGGAGGCAGCAGCAGCAGUUCUGCCAGGAAAAAGGAAGUAAUGCCAGUUUGGGAGAAGGUUCAGGCAGUGGGCAAAGGCUUUUCGUUUGGGGCGCUGGUGGUGGUUUAAAAGGUGCUUUCUCUUCACAGAGGUCUGGAAAUGUGAGUUGCCGUUCGUGGGCACGAGAUGAGAAAGGGUGCUAGAUGCUAGUAUUUUGGGAACGCAGUAGUUCUGGAGCAGAAUGUGGAAUAAAUGCAGAAGUAGAAAAAGAACUUGAAAUGGGAAAGAAGCUAUUGGCAGCUGGACAGCUAGCAGAUGCUUUGUCUCACUUUCAUGCUGCCAUAGAAGGGGACUCUGAUAACUACUUUGCCUAUUACAGAAGAGCCACAGUAUAUUUAGCCAUGGGCAAAUCUAAAGCUGCCAUUCGUGACUUAAGCAAGGUGGUUGAAUUAAAGCAGGAUUUCACAUCGGCAAGGCUGCAAAGAGGGAACCUUCUGCUUAAGCAGGGAAAGUUUGAUGAAGCAGAAGAUGACUUUAAAAGAGUGCUCCAAUCUAAUCCUAGUGAUAAGGAACAAACAGAAGCUCGCACCCAGCUGAUGAAGUCUGAUGAGAUGCAGCGCCUCCAUUCCCAAGCACAAGCUGCAUAUCUUGAGGGGGAUUACUAUACUGUUAUCGGUUUCUUGGAUGAAAUUCUAGAUGUUUGUGUUUGGGAUGCAGAGCUGCGGGAGCUUCGAGCUGAGUGUUAUAUUAAGGAAGGAGAACCUGGGAAGGCUGUGAGUGAUUUAAAAGCUGCCGCCAAACUGAAGAGUGAUAAUACUGAAGCGUUCCAUAAAAUCAGCACUAUAUACUACCAGCUAGGGGAGCAUGAACUCUCCCUAAGUGAAGUGCGUGAAUGCCUGAAACUCGACCAAGAUCACAAGGAGUGUUUUUCUCACUACAAGCAAGUGAAGAAACUUAACAAGCAGAUUUUGUCAGCAGAAGAGCUCAUUCAAGAAGGCAGGUACCAAGAUGCCAUUGAUAAAUAUGAAACUGUGAUGAAAACUGAGCCCAACAUUGCUGUUUACACCACUCGUGCCAAAGAGAGAAUCUGCCACUGCCUCUCAAAGAAUCAGCAGUCGACAGAAGCCAUCACACUUUGCACUGAAGUUCUGCGACUGGAACCAGAGAAUGUGAAUGCUCUCAAAGACAGAGCUGAAGCAUACUUGCUAGAAGAACAGUACGAGGAAGCUAUCCAGGACUAUGAAACUGCUAAGGAGCACAAUGAAAAUGACCAACAGAUUCAAGAAGGACUAGAGAAAGCACAGCGGUUGCUCAAGCAGUCUCAGAAGAGAGACUAUUAUAAAAUUUUAGGAGUAAAAAGAAAUGCCAGAAAGCAAGAAAUUGUAAAAGCGUACAGAAAGCUAGCAAUGCAGUGGCAUCCUGAUAACUUCCAGGAUGAAGAAGAGAAGAAGAAAGCAGAGAAAAGGUUUAUUGAUAUUGCAGCUGCCAAAGAAGUUCUUACUGAUCCAGAAAUGCGGAGGAAGUUCGAUGAAGGAGAAGAUCCACUAGAUGCAGAAAGCCAGCAAGGUGGAGGAAAUCCAUUUCAUAGAAGCUGGAAUUCCUGGCAAGGAUUUGACCCCUUCAGUUCUGGAGGACCUUUUAAAUUUAAAUUCCACUUCAAUUAGAAGCUUUCCUGUUUUUUGCUUCUGUGAACUUGACUCUAUUUUUACUUCUAGGUGUAAUGUUAAAUAGUAGUUCAAUCCUUUAAAACAAGAACUUGAAUGAACAGCAAUUUUUUCCAGUGAUAGGUUAACAGGCUUAUGAGAGAGUGACAUAACAGUAGUUCUGUGACUACUAAUUUUUAUUUCCUGACCUCAACUAAAGAGGUGGAAGAACAAUUUGGACUGGAAUUGUGGGACCACUUCUUCUGAAGUGCUUUGAGACUUUCAGCUCAAGACAAACCCGCACUAUAGAAGCGUUUUAUUCAGGAAAGCACUUUAAAGUUUGCUUAACUGGUUUUUUUUGUGGGACUCUUGUCAGGUACUUCUUUUGGAUUCAUUUGUUUUGCUUACUGUAACUACAAGAAAAGCACAAUAUCACCUCAUCAGUAUGUGUAAGAGGAAUUGCUGGCUUGAUUGACUUAGACAUUGGAAUAGUGCCAAAGCUUAAAAAUGGGUGUAAAACCAGCUAAACAGCAGCAAUCUUUUCACUAUGUCUGUGUUUCCAUGUGCUUUUGGAGAGAGGACAGGGUAGAAAAUAUACUCUUUUCACCUCUGUGCUUUCUUAGUUUCCAAUUUAUAAAGCAAUUCAGUGAUA